AAUUAAUGAAACAAAUCCAUCCAACGAACAACAAUGUUGCGCAGUAAAUUUGAAUAAUAUUCUAUUUCACUAAACGAAAAAGCAAAAUUUAGAAAAAUUACACUUUUACUGUCCUCGCAUUGCUGUGUCACAUUUUACGGCAUUGAUCGCAGGACUAAUAUAGAGUCCUAUAAAAAUAACAUCAUCUACACUCAACGCUAUACCAAUAAUCCAACCUGCACGCCAUCGCUCCAGAAAAGUCGCGCAAUAUCUUGUGACAACUGACAUCUAGUGCAUUAUUUCACGAACGAAACCCAUUAUCCUCUGCCCUGUACUAUUUUAUGUCGAACUUAUUUGGCUAAAAGCCACUCAAUUUUUCGAUAAAGUACAACAUGUAGGCUAUUUAUUAGUCUUUUUAAUAGUAGCCGCCUAUUUAAAAAAAUAAGUUCGUAAACUUCGGUCAGAACGGAGUACGGUAGGUUAUUGGGGAUUCCUGCCGUUUAGGCGGGUUCGAGUGGUGCGAGUUUUGGGUUUAGUCGUUUUAGAGCAAGCCUUCCCCUAGCCUCACUGUAAUUCUCCUCCAACGAAAUACCCGUAAACUAAAGAAAACAUCGAGCAUCACGAUUCAGACAAAGAUGUCUCUCGUGUGUUACAACUGCCAGGCGGAGAUUGACCAGAAUAGUAAAAAUCGUCAGAGUUUCCUCAGCCGAACGAACACUUUUAGCACGUCGGGAGAGUCGGAAGAGCCAUCUUUCAGCGACAACGGUGAAGGAACUGAUCUCGUCACCAAGAUUCCAGAGGUAGUCAUCAACACCAAUGGUAAGGGAUGUGGAGUUUCCUCAAUGGAGUUUCCCCGGAAAAUGGGAGAAAGCCACAACAGUCCCGCAUCUGAAAUUUGGCGAAAGUUCGUCCAGACCACCACAGGUCAUGGUUUCGCCAGAAUGGUCGACACCAACGAACAUUGGCAUUUGAGAGCCUUUUGGAUGAUAGUUGUCGUCCUGCUGGGCGCUGGACUGUUGACCUCCGUCUCUAUGAUCAGCUACGAAUCUUUAGUGGUGCGAGGAUUGCAACGCGAGUUUAUCGUUCAAUAUAACAACACCAUGAACCUUCCCGACAUCCACAUAUGCGAUACAUCCCUCUUCAGUCUUUCGGCACUCGAAUCCAUGGGCUUCAACAAGACCAUGGGUAGCUAUUUGGCGUUGACACUCUCCCCAAUGUUGGCUUCCCGUUCGCUGAGAAAAGACAAAAAGAAACGACAGCAACUGGAAAGCCUUUACCGUCGCUUAAUGGCCAACAAAACAAUUCACGAAGUCUACGAGAAAGCUACCCUCAAGUAUGAAAAGCCUUGAUAUCGGUGCAGAGAGUGAAAAAUUAAUUAUGUCAAGCCAAACAUUUUCAGAUGCGAAAAUAUCAUCCUGGGAUGCACUCAUGAUGUAACCUCUUACAACAGCGUUCAGUGUUGCCACAAAAUCUUUGGCAACCGAAUCUACGUCACCGACUUGGCUACGAUGUGCGUCUCCACCGCUAAGCAGCAGCCGCUGGAAGAGAUAUUUGCGUCGCAAGUUUACGGACUGACAGUUUAUCUCAAGACGAAUACUCGCGAUCGAUUCGGUAAUACACCCAGUUACCUAGGGAACGUCCUAAAAAUAAAAGACGCGACAAAUGUCUUUGUUGUACAUUUUCUCCGCCUGCUGAUGUAUUGUCUCUCUAUCCCUUGUCGAGAACACAGAGUUCGAUUCGACUAUCGUAAAUAGCAACGUUGCAUCCCGACGUGGCCUACUUUAUGCCGUGUCCGAUCCGAUUACGGCCGUCAAUCCCAUUAUUUCAGCAGCCGGUCACUAUAUGGCACCAGGUGAACCGGAACAAACUUAAGCGAUUUUCUACGUGACCUAUAUAUAUAUAAAUAAUAACGGAUGAAUCUAUUUGUCUCAAACUGUCUUACAGGAAAGUGGGCGGGUGUUUCCAUCUCGUUCACUCGGGUACGCUAUAGCACACUGAUGAUCAAAAAUUUCUUUGAAAAUUUGACAAAUCGUAUCUAUUUUUCUACAUUGUGUCGGGGAAUUUAUAUAGACAGAUAACUCGGAAUUGCAAACGGGAAUCUUAUCCCCUUACUCUUGCGUACCAUCUGGAGCCACUAGUCAUGCACACUUGGUGCCCGCCUAUGACGUCUACAGCGAGAGGAAUUGCAUUUUCGCCUCGGCUCGAAUUGUGUUGGAAAGGAAAUUCAACUGCACCAUUUUCCGUUUUCGUAGAACCCAUCACCACCACGGUAAGGCAUAGGCUAUACAAAAGGAGACAAUAAGCGUAAUGAACGACGACGACAUUCACUGACUGAUGCAAUUUAGAUACACCCUGUUGCGAUCCUGAUAUUAUGAUUGGAGCCUAUUCAGUUGCCCUGGCUCAGAAAAUUAAGAAGCAAUCAGCUGGUAAGAAAAAUAUAUGCUCUUGAUGGUAAAUGCCGCUAGUGCAAUUCACAAGACAGUUGAUGGGUACUUCUCGCGGUAAUUUGAGAACGACCCGGGAAAAUUUUAAAUGUCAGCAAAAUUUUAGAAGUUUCUAUACGAUUUCAGGUUGCCCGAUUGACUGCGUCGUGAACGAUUACCAUUUGUAUUCAACGCCAUCGCAGCUCUAUUUGGGCGAUCAGGACGAAUUUUUCGAAGGAGAAAAGCACGGAGACGAAAUUGUGCACAGUGCUAUUCAUUUCUUCUACCCGUCUUUCAGUUACACGGUGAUCAAGAAUCAUCCCCAACGUCUUCUCAAAUGGCUCGGUAUAUAAUAUUACUAGACGUCCUUUUACAUCACACGCAUCACACGAAUGUUGUUUGUUAUACGACUUGGGAGAUCACCUAAUAAAACUUCUGUUUGUUUGACAGGUGACGUAGGCAGCAAUAUGAGUCUCUAUUUGGGGGCCAGUUUUGUAACUCUGUUGGAAUUUAUCGUUCUCAUCUUGCGCUGCGCUAAAAGGUGGGCGACGCAAAUUCAAUAGUAGCUAGCUUUGACACUUCGUGUCGUCAUAACAUGUACUGUAGUCAACAAAAUGAAUCCGCAAAAGCAGUCGCAUUUUAACAAGCGAGCGAUUCACGCGUAGCCUAAUGCUUUUUACUUGAUUGAAUUAAACAGACUCCAUCCCCACACGCGAUCUCUCCAACAUUAAAUAUGAUUAAACAAUUCUCUAGUUCUAAAAAUAAUUCUAUUUCUGACUUUGAAACAAUUUUUUGAUUUAAAAAGGAUGACGACGAUCGAUUCCCCGCAAGAGCGCCACGAUUCUAUAAAAGUAGAGAGAAAGAAGUGUCAUAGAAACUUGGGAUAGCAGCCGUUCCCACUCUACUCUUUUCUUCUUUUAAAAUACAGCGCUUCUAUUAGGAGACUAUAUAUAACUCCAGCACGAGCCUGUCGAAAACUAACCCCAUAUUUACGAACAGCGCGGGCAAGAACUCUUACGAACAAUACGCAUUUGUAGCAAUUCAAGUAGAAGAUGGAGUGGAGUGCGUUUCGCGAUCGAACCUCAAUCACUCUUACUUCAACAGGGCUCCAAAGUAUCGGAUAGCGAUGGUUAGCACACAGGGCCAGACUAUUCCUGGAAGGGAUUAAAACGAGAUAAGGGAGAAAAAUAUAUCUUGACGGUGCCCCCAAGACUCUUUGGCGUUACACAAAAGACUAUUAAUUCCCAUUAGUUGGUCAUUUCUUGUGACCCUACGAUGUGUAGUACUAACGUGAAAUCUGCGGUGCUAAUUCCGUUUCUGAAUAAAAAAUUUCAAAAAGUUACUCAUUCCGAGUUGUUGUUAUUGAUCAAACUGGCGCAGAAAAGCUGUUAACAUGAGUUACACAUUCAUGUGGCCAGCAGAUGUAGCAAAAGGUUGGCAUUAGCAAGUUGUUAGACGAGGUGGUGUGGCAGGUCCCUCUUGGUCAUAAAAAUUUUCUAGUUGAAAUUACUUUAGUGUACAAAGUUUAAGUAUU